GACUAUAGCAACAAGUACGCUCCGAACAGUAGCUAAAAAUUAAACCGUUCACUUGCAUGCAAAUUGCACAUGAAAAAGUUACUCGUUAACACUCAACCAAGUCGCAAACUUAAACGAACUGCUAGUUUAGGUAUCAAAGCCACAAUCGAAGAGUCAUUAAAGUCGAAGGAAAUUUUGCGAACAAGAAAAAAAUCAAAUUCGUUAAUAAUGGAUAAAAAAAAUGAAAUGGCACGAUCAAAUUCACCGUCAUUGUCACCAACAGCAACAUGGGAAUUGGUACCUCGGCCAUCAUCCUCAAUGGAGUCAAGGUCAACAACGACACCCGUCAAAGAUCAAACCGAAUUGGAUGAUGUAUCGUCAUCAUUUACAUUGUUAUCCAUGUCACCAUCAUCGAAACAAAAUUCAAUGUUAAAUAGGCCAUUAAGAGAGAUACAACCGGAUGAAUUAAUGCGAAAAUCAUCCAAAUCAACACCGUCGCCACCAAAUCGAUCGGCUGUGCAAAAAUAUGUUCCACCAAAGAGCCAACCGAUGGCCAUUUCAAAUCUGAACAAUAUGUCGCGGUCAUUUGUAAUCCUAUCGCCACCAUCAUCGCCAGCAAAAAAGCUUCGAAUAAUUGAGAAUUGGUUUUCACCACCAAAUUCGAGUUUGAAUGAAAAAUCGUCUUCACCGACCUCAUUCACGAUUGUCUCGCCGUCGGCACAACGUAAUUAUCAAUCGACCCCGUAUGUUACAUCGACAAACACUGUGCCUCUUCCAUCUUCAGCCGAAACAAAAUGGAUGGAAAUUCCGUUAUCAGCGUCAUUCAUGGCGAUAUCACCGUCAUCGUCAUCGAUACAGCCACCGAGUCAAUCGGUUGUACCGGUUAACAGAUUCCACCCGUCAAAUGACUUAAGGGCACAGGCAUUCGAAAAGGGUGCCUUCACAUUAACUGCACCCAAAGAGCAACUCGACCACAAUGAUAUGGUAUCAAUUGAAGAUUCCACUGUUUUAAAUACAUUACGAGCCAACGUUUCGGAACUAAGACCGUUAGAAUUUGAUGAAUGGAUAGAGAACGAAGAGAAACAACUGGCCGAAUUGGAUGAAGAAGCAAAGAAAAAAUGUUUAUUAUGUGAAAAGACAUUUACACAUUUAUUUGGUCGUGAACGUCAUAUGAAACUUCACGAAGUACCACAUAUGCGGUAUAAAUGUAAAAAGUGCAAAGAUGAGUUUAUCACAAAAUCAGGUUUUAAUGUACAUGCACAUCUCAUGCAUAACAAUGUCAAGCCGUCGGAAAUCAAGUUUGAGAUGACAGUUAAUUCAUCAUUGAUAGCACCGUUUUUUGCUAAUUUACCGCAACCCACACUACCGAUGCCAAAUUGGCCAACAGACAUCACACCAUUGAAAUGGUUGCCAAUUGUAAUAUGCGCAAAGGUCGAAUGUUCCCAACCUUUUUUGACCAAAUUUGGCUUGAUAAAACACUUAGAAUUACACGAAAGACAUCAAGAACGGUAUACGUGCUUCUUCUGUGAUGGAGAUUUUUGGAACAAUAUGGAGUUGAAGGUACACACAAUAAGAAACCAUCAAGCUGAGGGUUCACCAAUGGAUUCCAUACCAACUCGAAUGGACAGAAUUGCGUUUGAAAAAGACGUGAUAAAGACCAUGGAAGAACGGCGGAAAAAAAAGCAAUCCACGCUAUGAGAAAACACUACGCAUACAUCAUUUACAAAUCGAGACCAUAGCCAAACGUGACGCACAUCAUUUUUUUACUAGUCUAGAGACACCAAUUUGCAUGGGCAUUCAGGGCCAACUACUACUUAGGACGAAUCCAGAGCUAAUACCAAACGGAUAAGCAUUUUAAAUUAGUUUAGAGACAUGAAAAUUGCAUGAAAAUAAUUGUAUAGAGAGCAUUUUAUAGGGAAUCAAGUAUAGUACAAAUUGAAUUAAGUGUAAUUGUAUAUAGACAAAAACGACUAGUAAGACUGAACAAUGAUUUUAUUCAAAGUAAAAAAAAUGUCAAAUUUAUAACCAUUUUAAAUAAAAAUUCAAAUUUUU